CCAGCCAGCGCCUAUAUAAUGGUAGCUCGCCCACCAAAUGGCUCCCAGCUAGAGUCGCGUGCAGCGUGGUCGAUCCCUCGCUUCUCCGCUGCGCUUCCACUCCAAAUCCAAGUCGUCACACGCAUCAAGCUGAUCUUCCGUGACACGCAUACUCGAUCGCCGGUGAUCUCGAACUAAUCCGGCCAGCGAAAAUGCAACUCGCGAGCUGCGAACUCCCCGCCGCCGCCGGCCGUCCCGGCGCGGCAGCCAGCCGGCGGUCCGGCCGCCGUCCGUCGCCGCCCGUAUUGCCGGUCGUCGCCAUCAAGAAACCCGCCGCCGCGUCGUCGUCGCCCCCGCGCGCCGCGCGCUGCCGCUGCUCGUCGUCCCGCCGCGACGAGGCGGAGUUCGGCUGCGGCGGCGGCGGCGGGCUGGUGGACGAGGGGAUGGUGGUCCUGCGCCGGCGGAUCCACGAGAUGCGCGCCGCGGAGCGCAACUGGGAGCCGCCCGAGGAGUGGGCGGCGUGGGAGAAGGAGUGGUACGGCACCUACGACGCCGACGUCUGCGACCUCGUCGGCGCGCUCCAGGCGUUCCUCGUGAGCUCCCGCCCCGGCGUCGGGGUCGGGAUCCUGGCCGUGCUCGUGCUCGCAGUGCCGGCCUCCGCCUUCGCCCUCGUCUCCCACCUCCUCGAUGCUUCACGGGCGAUCAUCUCCAAUCUGCACCACUGAUCAAAUCUGACGACACGAUGAUCCUAUUCUUUCGUUCGUUAUAUAUCUGACGACGACAUGUAUUAUGUAUAUAUCACGCGCGCCCAAAUAUUAUCUUGAAUAUGUGUGUGUAAGCUUGAUAUUGCUAGAAACAAUAAUAACAAGGUGAUUGAUAUUC